UCCACCCGUAGCUUUGUCCCACGUUUUCCUUAUAAAAACUUAGUUUGUUUCUUGUUUAGAUUGCCACCCAGGAGCAGACAAGAUCUAGAUUUUACUGUAAAUUCUAUUUGGUUUUGCAGGCACAAUGACAAGUGCAGCCUUGCUCCACCUGAUUUGUGGAGUUUUGGCUGUUUUGAGCGUUUCUUUGGUGAAUGCAGAUGACCCAUAUAGGUAUCUCACAUGGACUGCCACUUAUGGAACCCUUUCUCCUCUUGGCGUUCCCCAACAGGUGAUUCUUAUCAAUGGUCAAUUCCCUGGACCUCAAUUGGAUGUGCAGACCAAUGAUAACAUCGUUAUCAACCUUGUUAACAAUCUGGAUCAACCUUUCCUCUUGACAUGGAAUGGUAUUAAACAGAGGAAGGACUCCUGGCAAGAUGGAGUUUUGGGAACCAAUUGCCCCAUCCCUCCAAAUUCAAACUUCACCUAUCAUUUUCAAACCAAGGAUCAGAUUGGAACCUAUAUGUAUUUUCCUUCAACUCUUAUGCACAGAGUUGCUGGAGGAUACGGAGCACUCAAUGUCCAUCAGAGACCGAGGAUUCCAAUCCCUUAUCCUAUCCCUGAUGGAAAUUUCACUUUACUUAUUGGAGAUUGGUUCAAGACUAGCCAUCAGACAUUGCAACAAACUUUGGACUCAGGGAAUUCUCUUCCAUUUCCUGAUGGAGUUCUUAUAAAUGGCCAAGCGCAAAACACCUUCACUGGUGAUCAAGGAAAAACCUAUAUGUUCAAGAUCUCAAAUGUGGGCAUAUCGACUUCAUUCAACUUCAGGAUUCAGGGUCACACAAUGAAGCUGGUUGAGGUCGAAGGAUCUCACACACUUCAGAACAUAUAUGAUUCACUUGAUGUGCAUGUUGGUCAAUCUCUAUCUGUCUUGGUAACCUUAAAUCAGCCUCCCAAGGAUUACUACAUCGUUGCAUCCACAAGGUUUGCUGAGCAGGUUCUCACAGCUACUGCAGUAUUACAUUAUUCUAAUUCGCAAGCCCCAGCUGCAGGGCCGUUGCCUGCUGCUCCUUCAUACCAAUUUGAUGGGUCUCUGCAGCAAGCCAGAAAUAUCAGGUGGAACCUGACAGCAAACGCUGCCAGGCCAAACCCUCAGGGCUCAUUCCAUUACGGAAAUAUAACAGUAACAAAGACAAUCGUUCUGGCCAACUCAGCAUCUUUAAUAAACGGAAAGCUGCGAUAUGCGGUUAAUGGUGUCUCCUAUGUGAACUCUGAUACCCCUCUGAAGCUCGCUGAUUAUUUUAACAUCUCAGGAGUUUUCAGUGAGAAUUCAAUCCAAAGUGUACCAUCUGCUGGUCCCCCAACUGUAGCUACCUCUGUUUUGCAAACCAAUCUCCAUGACUUUGCUGAGAUUGUCUUUCAAAACAAUGAAAAUACCAUGCAGUCCUGGCAUCUUGAUGGUUAUGAUUUUUGGGUUGUCGGCUAUGGUUCUGGACAAUGGACAGAAGACCAGAGAAAAACCUACAAUCUCGUUGACGCUCCCACUAGGCACACAACUCAGGUCUAUCCACAAUCUUGGACUGCUAUAUAUGUGUCCUUAGAUAAUCAAGGUAUGUGGAACCUGAGGUCUGCGAUAUGGGAGAGGCAAUAUCUUGGACAACAAUUUUAUCUCAAAGUUUUUAGUCCAGUCCACAGCCUCGCCAAUGAAUAUGACCCUCCCUCUAAUCUUCUACUUUGUGGGCAAGCUGUGGGGCAGAUGCAACCAUCAACUUAAUGCAAUACUUGUUUGCUUUCAUCAGCCAUGAAGGUAUGACUGAAAGAACAAGCAAGAGCUUAGCAAGGGAGGAAAAGAUGCGAAUUCGGGGAUCCCAAUUCUUUAUUUUUUACAUCUCAAAAACAUUUGAGUGGAUUUUCAUUGGCAUGAUUACCUGCUAGCUUAAUAUAUUUGUACCUGUUUAUCAUUAAGUUAAAAUGUUUUAUCUAUGAGAAUGGCUAUAGAAUUCACAUUUUUCUUCCGGUUUCUUGCUUUGAAAGGUUCUUGGAGUUGUAUCUUUGAUAUAUUAAUGAAGUCAUUACUAUUUUUCGAA